ACAGUCAGAGAGCAGCCGGCGCGUGCGCACCACGCGUGCCAGACCCGAUGUGUCGCGAUCGUGUAUUGUCCCCUAAUCUUUUUGUUCCGAUUAUCGAGGGCACGCCUCAUUUUCCAUGUAGCGAUUCUUUUUAACAUGUUGUGAAUACAUACAAUAGGACUCAGUUCUACUUUCAAAAACUAGCCCCCCGUGAAUAUAAAAGAGUAAAAAUCUGUGGAUACCGGAGCUAGCCUUUGUAUAAGAAACACACAGCAACGACGCGCAUAGCAAUGUAUAAACAUAACAUUAUGUUAUUGAUAUGCGCAUGCAGCGCGUUCGCGGCGCUGGACGGGUACAGCCCGCAGCAGGACCCCGACCAGUUCCACAUCCAGACGGACGGCGACGACGAGCGCUACUUCAUAUACCAGACGCACAACGGACAGUACCGCAAGGAGCGUCGGCUUAAGGAUGGAUCCGUUGUCGGUACGACAGGAUGGGUGGGAGCAGACGGCUACCUGCGGCUGCAGGACUACAUAGCUGACGACCAGGGCUACAGAAUAUACAAGUCCAAGACUGUCUAUGUGGGGCCAAACAGGCCUAUCGCAGAAUCCCUGCAAAUAGCGAAAACGGCGCCCACAAACCCCGGCUACCACAUAACUCCUGCGCCCGCGCACAACAUUCCCCGCGGCUCCCUGCGCUUCCGGACCACGACGAAAUCGCCGUACUCGUCGUCGACGACGAGAACUUACGCGCCAGUGUCGAUCACCCCCCGACCGUUCUCGUCGAGCACCUCGUCGACGCCGAUCGUCGAAGUUUCGCCGAACUCGAUCGACACUUCGACGAAAUUCGACCCGCGGCCGACGGUUCCGCCGAUCACUGCAGACGAGGCUUCGUCGACUAGUCCCAGCUACGAGACGAACACGCUCGACGGGUACUACGCGAGCGAUAGCUCUCGUUAUGACGUCAUCAACCCGAAUUCCUACCGACACGCCGACGAUUGGACGAGAAGGCAGCGGCCGAGCGCAAGGAUCGGGGACGGAUACACGCCCCAGUUCCCCGGCUACGACGGCGCCCCGUUCCGACGAAACGGCUUCCGGUACUACCUGCCCAAGCAGUAUCACGAGGAGCAAAACGAGGGACCCAACGACAAGGUCGGUAGCUUCGGCUACGUCGACCCCUUCGGGAUCCGACGAGUGAUAUACUACAACGCCUCCCCCGGGGAGGGAUUUCAGGUGCGGAAGAACAACAGAUACGUCGGCCACGACGCCACGCCCUACGACCCCCGACCCAUUGAUUGAUCUAAGUCAAACCUACCGCAUAGUUACCCCCCCCCCCCCCCCCCCUUCAGUAUUUUAGUCAAAUGUUAAUUGGAUACGAUUUUCGAACGAACCUCUUAGCCAUAAUUAUUUAAUUGCUAGGCUAUAGGUAAGAUAACAAAUUAAUUUAUUAUUUAAUUUAAGUGUAAGUCACAAUGUUUUUAUCGUGUUUUGUACCUUACAGAGUGUGCCAUUUUUGGGUGCUACCACAACAAACUGUUUAUAUUAUGUUAAUAGUAAUGAAGAGCUCUAUAUUUUGUAUCGGCGUGAACGUCUCCAAAUAUAGUAACUUGCUAGAUCAGUGAACUUGUAAAUUCUAUUGUUAUUGCUAUUGUAAAUAUGUAGGCGUUUAAAUAAAGGCUGUUAUAAAAGGCUGUCCUAUAAUAUUAUAUUGUGGCGUUUAAAAACUAUCUAGAAAUGAAUUCGAAACUAUACGAAUAAAAUAUAUGAAUAAUUCCUCGUGCCUACUUAUGUAAUGACUUAUGAAGUUACGACUAAACAUUAUGAUUAAAAAUCUGUUGCUAAUUACAGCUCUAACGUGAAACUGUUUAAUAUUUUUAUAACUUUAUCAUAAUCUACGCAAUAUUAAUA